AUGGCCUCAUCUUCUCUUCACUUCGUCUUGUUUCCUCUAAUGCAACAAGGCCACAUGAUACCCAUGGUCGACAUUGCUCGAAUACUCGCCCACCGCCACCUCACCGUCACCAUCAUCACAACCCCUGUGAACUCCAACCGUUUCCGACCCGCCAUCGAUCGAGCAAUCCAAUCUAACCUCAACAUCCAAAUACUCGAACUCCAACUCCCAUUAUCYAAAGUCGGUUUGCCAGAAGGAUUCGAGAAUUUCGACCUGCUUCCAUCGGCUGAUCUCCAUAUCAAACUGUUCGCYGCAAUGGACAUGUUAGAAGAACCAACGGAGAACCUCCUCCGGCGACUAACUCCGCCACCGAGUUGCAUCAUCUCCGACAAYCUCUUUCCAUGGACCACCGAUGUAGCUCGGCGGUUGGGUAUUCCGAGGCUCGUUUUCCAUGGACCUGGAUGCUUCACAUACUUGUGCUUACACAUAGUGAUGAAUACUGGUGUAUUAGAUGAAAUUGUCUCCGACUCAGACAUGUUUGUGGUUCCUGGGAUAUUUGAUGAGAUCAAAGUUACGAAAUCGCAGGCGGGAAGUUGGGGGAAAAGAGAGACGAAGGAGAUGGUGGAUAUGUUUCGAAGAAUGGAUGAAGCUGAGAAAGGUGCUGAUGGGAUUGUGGUUAAUAGUUUCCAGGAGUUGGAACCCAAGUAUGUUGAACAACUUGCGAAGGUGAAGGAUAAAAAGGUAUGGUGCAUUGGCCCGGUUUCGCUACGCAACCAAAGUCUGCUCGAUAUAGCCGAGAGAGGAAACAAGGCCGGAAUCAACGAGCACGAUUGCUUAAAAUGGCUGAAUAAGAAGGAUCCAGGGUCUGUAAUCUUUGUUUGCUUAGGAAGUAUGUCGAGUGUUUCCACAGAACAACUAUUCGAGCUCGGGUUGGGAUUGGAGUCAUCGAACGUGCCGUUUAUUUGGUGUAUACGACACACAACGGAGGAAUCGGAGAGRUGGUUGUCGGGAUACGAARAACGGGUAAAAGAUCGAGGCCUAAUUGUCCGCGGUUGGGCACCGCAAGCCUUGAUACUMYCGCAUAAAGCCAUUGGUGGUUUYGUAACUCAUUGCGGAUGGAACUCGACUCUUGAAGGCAUUUCCGCUGGGAUCCCGAUGGUUACGUGGCCCCAAUYCGCGGAUCAAUUUCUUAAYGAAAGAUUYAUCWUAGACGUAUUGAAAAUCGGAGUGAGCAUCGGCAAUGAGGAGGUUGUUGCGGUUGGAGAUCAAGAUAAGUUUGGAGUGUUGGUAAAGAAGGAAGACAUCAAGUCAUCUAUUGGAAGUAUAAUGGACAAAGAAGAUGAAGGAGAAGCGAGACGAAAGAAAGCGAGAGAGCUCAGAGAAAUGGCGAAAAGAGCAAUGGAGGAAGCGGGUUCGUCUCAUUUCAACACGACAGCAAUGAUUGAAGAUAUUAUCGAGCGAUUAGGCAAACUAAAGCRAUUCAAGAUGUUGUCUAGACUAGUGGUUUAAUCGUUUACAUACGACUUAUGAUAAGAAAAACACRAUUUCGAUCUUGUACAUACUCGACAAGRUCGUUUCAACUUGAUGGCUCUCGGCUUUUAAC